AUGUCGCCCUCGAGCCCCAAUCGCGGAUCCAACCAGAUCCACGGUACGCAAUUAGGACACAGAAGUGUUAGUGGUACUACUAUUAAUCCGCCAACAAGUGUUGUAGUAAGCUCGACCUCCAGCAGCAUGCGGCCUCCACCCCCUCCCCCACCUCCAAGGGCAAGGCCCUCCGCUGAGGGCAAAGGUCAUCAUGAGGAACCCACCAGCUCCAUUCCUGAUCUUGACAAUUAA